AUGUUCGGGGUGAGAAGUGAGGUGAUUCUGUCCAUCUACGUCAUCAUCUUCCUGAUGGGCCUGCCUGCCAACAUCCUGGCACUCUACGCCUUCAGCGUCAAGAUCCACAACAAGCCCACUCCCACAGACAUCCUCCUGCUCAACCUGACCGUGUCCGACCUUUUCCUCCUCUUCCUGCCUCUCAAGAUGUACGAGGCGGCCUCCAACAUGCUGUGGGACCUGCCCAAGUUCCUCUGCUCCAUCACUUCCUUCACCUUCUUCUCCACUAUCUACACCAGUUCUCUCCUGCUGAUGGCUGUCAGUGUGGUCCGUUACCUGGCGGUGGCCUUCCCCGUCACCUACCGCCUGCUCCACAAACCUUUCUAUUCUGUGGUGGCUAGCGCAAUCAUUUGGCUUAUCUCCAUGGCCCACUGCAGCAUCGUGUUCAUCAUCCAGCACCUCACCCCCAGCAACUCCUCCGUCUGCUAUGAGAACUUUACAGAAAAACAGCUGGCCAUCAUCCUCCCGGUGCGUCUGGAGUUCUUCAUCAUGCUUUGCUUGGUUCCUCUCAUGGUUUGCAUCUUCUGCUACCUCCGCUGUAUCUGUAUUCUGUACAUGAGCCCAAGGAUCAGCCCGGGCCAGAAGCAGAAGGCCAUCGGGAUGGCGCUGGGUACUCUGGCCAUGUUCCUGAUGUGUGUCUUGCCCUACAACUUCUCACAUGUGCUGGGUUUCUUCACAAACUCCAGCCCCUCGUGGAGAUACUACACCCUGCUGCUCAGCGCCUUCAACACCUGCCUGGACCCUAUCAUCUUCUACUUCUCCUCAUCCACCUUCCGCAUCACUACCAAGAUAUACAUCUGCAAGAUGCUGGGACUGCGACAGGGUCAGGCUGCAAUCCAAAAGGAAAGCACAAGAGCAGAUUCGGGCCAAGAGGAGAAGGGACAGGAUUGACCGUAAUAGGGUUAACAAUUUCAUCUUAAAUUGUAACUCCCUUUGUGACAGGGGGAAUGGAAGCAUGUUGUGUGCAACAAUGGGAGGCAAUUGAAUGCAAGUUCAACAAAAAAAAGGUACAGUAACUUCUUUAAAAACAUUUCUAGCCUAUCUAUCUAUGGGUAACACAGGGUUGACGCAUUAUGCUCGACGCACUCAGUUUUCCAGCACAAAAUUGCCUAAAAGAGUACAACCAGCUCACCUGCUUUUACACUAUGAUAUGGCUAUAUUAUUAGAUGUAAAAAAAUUCUUUUGAAUCACUAAUUUAAAAAGGAACAGUUUUACCAUAUUAAAACGAGAGUUCAGUUCAUGUUACAGGGUUGAACAUAAACCUGAGGGACAAAUGUAAAUGUCUCAUUCAAUUACAUUAAUUAAGUAAACAUCUUCAGACAUUACUUUCCCAAAGCAACAAAAUAACUAGGACUUUACAAUGAUGGUGAAAAUCUUGUAAUUAAGUAGAUUCAAAUCUUCGUAGAAGGUGAACAAACAUGACAUGGGACAUGCCAAGAUGGGGAUUUUAAUGAAAACACACUGCUAUUAGAAUUUGUAAAAAAUAUAUAUAAAAAAAUGCUUAGUUUAGUUAGAGCAUAGAUGUAUGUGAUCCUAAUGUUAAAUUGAGUGUUUUAUUGAAAUUACAAAAUACACUCUAUUCAUGGAACGACCCAGCUACACACAGUAUAUUUCAAGAUAAUAUGUGGUUUGUGUUUUACACAUUUCUGUGAACUAUACCUUUUUAGCCAAAGUCAUUCAUCUUUAA